CUUUGCUUCCAUCCUAUGGUGAAGUCCUCCAUUUCUUCACAAGAGAACAAUGCCGGGAGGAGAGCCACGUAUAAGCGCUGCAGCAUCGUGCAAGCUUAUUUCUGCUUCCUGAUGUCGGCUCUGGGUGUGACGGCUGGUGCGCAUCGCCUGUGGAGCCACCGUUCCUACAAAGCCAAACUGCCUUUGCGGAUCUUUCUGGCUACAGCUAACUCCAUGGCUUUCCAGAACGACAUCUACGAGUGGAGCCGAGACCACCGUGUUCACCACAAGUACUCAGAGACAGAUGCGGACCCACACAAUGCCCGCCGUGGCUUCUUCUUCGCACACAUUGGUUGGCUCUUCAUGCGCAAGCACCGAGACGUCAUAGAGAAGGGGAGGAAACUGGAUUUCACUGACCUGCUGGAUGACCCCGUCGUCCGAUUCCAAAGAAAGUAUUACAAGAGUUCAGUUGUGCUGAUGUGCUUUGUGAUCCCUACCUUUGUGCCAUGGUACGUCUGGGGUGAGAGCCUGUGGAACGCCUACUUCCUUGCCUCCAUCCUACGGUACACCAUCUCCCUCAACGUCGCCUGGCUGGUCAACAGCGCUGCUCACAUGUACGGCAACCGCCCUUAUGACAAGUACAUCAGCCCCAGGCAGAACACCCUUGUCACUGUGGGAGCCAUCGGUGAGGGUUUCCACAACUACCACCACACCUUCCCAUUUGACUACUCGGCCAGCGAGCUGGGCCUGAAGUUCAACCCGACCACCUGGUUCAUUGACUUCAUGUUUUGGUUGGGGUUGGUCACUGACCGCAGGCAGGUUCCGAAGGAGGUGAUCCAGUCUCGCAAGGAAAGGACUGGAGAUGGCAGUGCUUGAAAAGUAAUGCUUUACUGGGCCAGCACUGUCAUACCUGGGGGUGGGUGGUUGUGCGCCCACCCCCAUGCCUGUGGUGAAUUUAUUUUCUCUGGGUAAAACUAGAUUUUUUUUUUUUUUUAAUUUUUUUCUCAGAUCAGUUGGGCUGAAUUAUUUCCCCAGGAACAGAUUUGGCCCCAGCUUUUUUUUCCUUAUUAGCUGUCUUAUGUCUAAACUUCAGACUAUUAAGUGUAAAAAUGUUACAUAUUAUUUAAUAUUAUAGUUAAACAGAAGAGAGAUUUGAUUUUAGUCACUGUAGUUCAUGUCUGAAAUACAUUGUAAUUUGCUCAUUCAUGGGAAAUGUUGGCAGGUUGGAGGAACUAACUAUCCUUUCCAAGUACAGUUAGGGGAGAUUUUUGUUUCUACUAUUAAUCAAAUAAUGCUUUUGAGAUGCCUCUCUUGGAGGGGAUGGGGCACGGCCCAAUGUGUUGUUUCAACUACAGACUAACAGAAAGGACAGUAACAGCCCUGAUGAAAAACAGGUUGUCCAAGGGGAAAAAUUGGCCUAAAUUCAGUUAGAUGUUAGUUUGAAAACCUGCUUUCUUCUUUUUGUUAGCCCUGUUAGCCAGCCCAGUGCGCUGCUGUCUUUGCUACAUAUGAAAACCAUUUAUUGCUGAGCAGGCUUUUGUGUUGAAGAUUAGUCUCUAUACAGGCCAAAACACCAACUGAUGCUGUGUUUAGAUGAUUCCUUUAUUGUUGCAUUGUAAACUGUAAAGGUACAGAGCUCAACCAUGUCUUAAGCCAAAUAAAGCUUCAGUUUCAAUGUUUGGGGACCUAAGUUAUAUUCUAAUUGGUCAUGGCCAUCAAUGCAUGCAUAUUUUAGCUCCUUUUGCACAAGAGGCCUCUUAAUUUCUUUUUCUGCCUUUGACUAGCAUAUCUUAGAAAACUGACCUUUAUUGAAGUCUGAGUCUCUACCAGUAUUUCAGCUGCAUGCAACAUCCAUUGGUUUCUGAGCAAAAUAUAAAGACAGUUACGUAGUGUCUGAAUUUUAACAGUUGCCUUGUUAAAAAAAAAAAAAAAGAGAAAAAAAAUGUAAAAAAAAGGCAUGUGGAAUUAAUGGGAUAUAUAGCUGUUUGUGUUAGAUGUUAGCCAGUGCAUGAGAGAGGCUUUGUACUGUCAGCACUGGAGCACUUUUGAAGAUAGAGGGCAUGAUUUUCAUUUAUAAAGAUCACCACCUUGCCCCUUGGAGAGGAGUGCCCGUUUUCCAGCUGUGCAGCCCCAUAACCUGGGCAAGGCAGAGAUCUUGAGAUAACUGAGACUCAGGCCCAGAUAUUUUCAGCAAAGAUGUAGAACUGGAAAAAAAAAAACAAAACAAAC